UCACCAUCGCAGCCGGCAAACAAAACAGAGAAAACAGAACGUACGCCGAUAUUGCGACUCAUUUGCAGUGUGAAUUUCGAAAAUGGCUGAUCGUCCGUGUGCUGGAAAUAUGCUCCGCAUCGCCGGGGCCGUAAUCCUGCCCAAUCUGGGCGGGAUCUACAAUGGGUGGCUGACCAGGCAACACAUCCAGAACUGGUACGUUCACCUGAAGUUCCCGUCCUUCAAGCCCCCCAACUGGGUGUUCGCUCCGGUGUGGACCUCCCUCUACGCCGGCAUGGGCUACGGAUCGUAUUUGGUGUGGCGCGAUGGCGGAGGAUUUGGAGGAGAGGCGGCCAGACUGCCUCUAAUCGCCUAUGGUACCCAACUAGCCCUGAACUGGGCGUGGUCGCCCAUCUUCUUCGGGCAGCACAACAUCAAGGGCGGGCUUAUUGACAUAGUCGCACUGACGGCCACCGCCGGUUUGUGUGGAGUUCUGUUUUACCGGGUGAACAAAGUCGCCGGACUGCUCUUUGUACCCUAUCUCGCCUGGCUGGGAUUCGCCACUGCUCUGAACUAUGCCGUCUGGAAGCUGAAUCCGGAUAAGAAGCGGGCCCUGGAGGAGGAGGAGAAGCCCUCCGGCAGUCACGCCAAGGCCAAUUAGCCCCCGAAAAGCACUUAAAUCCAUUUAUUUUAUAAGAUAUGUAAUGCCUUUAGAUGUUAUCGAACUAGGGCUGGCCUAGUUGGUUACGAUAUCGAUAAAUCAUAUAUCAAAGUAAGCGGGAAAUUCAAAAUAUGUUGUAAACAAACCAAGAA